CGAUGGGACAGAUAAUUCCGAAACGUGUUUGCUCGUGGAAUGACUAUAUAUCCCAUGCUAUAAUAUAAUAUUGUUAAUACACAUACCAAAAUUUAAUACUCCAACAUGAGGGAAGUUGUUCUCGUUUAUGUUAGUUAUAUACUCCUAUUUCAAUUCAAACCAAUUCACACAACACAACACCACAAACAAGCCUUGAAACUCGACAACACACACCCAAUUUUGGGGCCCCCUCAUUUCGUGUGCGUCUCCAUCUCCCUUUUUGUUUUGCAUAGUUUAUUUGUCUCCAAAUCUUUGCGAUUUCCUCCGUUGCACUUUUGAAGUAGCAAGUACUCCACCAACCAAGCAUGUCAACUUCUUCCUCAUCCACCUCCACACAAGGAGGAGACGGCGGCGGCGAGCCGCCGUCAUCCUCCCGCAGCAGGCUGAGGUCCAGCAAUGGCGUUUGGCCCGAGCCAUUCCUCGAAGCCCUCGCGCUCCACGUCGCCGUCGACGCUUCUCGCGCCAUCGGCCGCCUCGCUGCUGCUCAAGCCCUCUCCAACAUCUUUCAGGUGUGCUCGACGUGGCGAGCCAUAUCGCGGUCCGAUCUUCUGUGGCGAAACCUCGCGCGAAGAAUCUGGAACGUUCGCGAGCUCCUCCACCGCGAGUCGUGGCGGGAGGAGUUCGUCUACCGCCACCGCACCGCCGCCAAUUUCCGGUCGCGCCGGUACGACCACACCACCCUCCACUUCGUCCCCACCGACAACAACAACAACGACGACGACGGCCUCAGGUGCCGGCGCCUCGCCCUCUCCGACCACCACCUGGCCGCGGGGUUCUCCGACGGCGCCGUCCACCUCUUCCACAUCCCCAGCCGCCUCCACCUCUCCACCUUCUACCCGCAGCACCGCGACCGCCUCGGCCGCUUCUCCAGCGCCGUCUCCGGGAUCAUCCUCUCCGACGCCCGCCUCGUCUUCGCCACCCUCGACGGCGACAUCCACAUGGCCGCCGUCAACGCCGCCGCGCCGCUCCGGAGGGCCCACUUGGGCGACGUCGUCAACGACGGCGCCCUCGUCGACUUCGCCGGCUGCAACCGCUGGUGGGUAGGUCUCUACGCAGGUGUUCCGAGGCGUGCAUUCCACAUAUGGAACGGGGAAACGGAAGAGUUGGUUUUCGUGGGCGGCGUGCUGACCGAUCCGGAGGCGGUGAUGGGGUGGCAUUUGCUGACGGAGCUGACCGGAAUCAUCGGGCGGAUCCGGGUGACGAACGGCGACAUGGCAGUGGCUUGCACCGGGGUUAGGGUUGUGGUGUUCCACUUGCUAAGCCAAGGGGUGGAAAUGGGGGAGGAGGAGUUCCCGAGGGGGAUCGUCGUAGGCGCCUUCGACGCCUACGGCGAUUCGGCCCUCGUACCCGACGCACGGGGCGUAGCGACCGUGCGUCGGGUGGGCAACAUGGAGGAGGUGUGUAGGUUCACAAUGAGAGAGGGUGUGGCUUUUGGGUGCAUGAAUGGUGGGUAUGGAGUGACAUGGGGUGGUGGGGUGAUUAGGGUUUGGGAGAUCCAUCAUGGUCAAUAUUUGUAUAGUUUUAGAGAGAGAAUUGGAGAGUGCAAUGCCCUCAUUGCAGAUGAGAGGUUUGUGGCUGCAUGCUGUGAUGAUGCUACCAUUCAUUUGUGGGAUUUUGGGGCUCAAUAAUUCAAAACGGAUUAGGGUUUUUAAUUUUUCCAAGCAUCAAAAUGUUAGGGAUUUUAAUCAAUUAGCUUGGUUGGCGUGUGUGAAAUUGAAAUUCACUCAUGUGGGACCCCCAUUGAAUAUUGGGAAUUAGGGUUUCUGACAUUAGUCAUUUUCAAUGGUUUUAGGGUUUUAGCUAGCUAGGGAGAGAGAAGUAGUUGUGGUUGGAUAUUUGCUGUUUUUAGGCAGGUUGGGAUAUAUUCCAUUCACCCUGAGAUACAAAGAUGUGCUUCUAAUUUUUUUUUUCCUCACUGUUUAAUUAAUGUAGAGACAUCUCAGUUUUAAUUAAUUUGGUUGUAAAAAAUUUCUCUACAAUUCUGAUGGGAAAUUGCUACUUUGUUUGUACUAGUUCUGCACAUUGAAAUGGAAUCAAAGAAAAGAUGUUGCAAUCUU